UGGAAGCGCUACUGGACCCCAACAGGACCCCAACAGCUAGCUGGCUAGGGCGUUGCUAGCAGCAAAAAGUGGGAUUUUUGUACCUUUCCGCAAGUUGUAUUCUUCAACAAAUAACGUCUUGCGUUGGAAAAAGAUCGUAUUUGAUGUUUGCUAAAAGUUUUCAGCGCCUCGGCGGUUUUUUGUCGUUGUUUACACAGGACUGGCGGGUACUUUCUGUCCCGUUAGCUGGCCGCAUACGUUAGCUAGCCUGCUUUCCAUCCACGGGAAUUCUGUCUAGAAACGACUGAAUACUGGAAACAUGGAGUCAAGGAACGUCGCGCUGUGCUAACCGACUUCACUUGGUCUUUUUUUCCUCAAGGAGACUUUGUGAAGGACAUAACACGGAGGCAUAUCGCAAGCCACUAAACAUUCACGUGGCAUUGUGCAUGUAUUUUCAGUCGUUGUCUGGCUCAUUGUUAUGAACGGGACUUUGCUUAGUUUGCACACGAAGCAAAGUUUUUUGCUGAAAGAGCUCAUCUGUUUUGUUAACUGGUAGCUGGCGAGAGUCAGCGCCAGUCAGUUUUCCGUGAGAAAUGAUUUUCUCAGAACUAUUCUUCUUAUUUUAAUCGACCAUCAAACCGGUUUUGUUUUUGAAUCUGCAGUCUUACACACUGCUACAGCAUUACCCGCAGUUGUUUUUUUCUAAAUUCGCAACACUGCUCUUUGAAACUCGGUAUUGAGCGAUUCUCAUGGUCACGGGAGACUCGUGCCCACAGCCACAGACAGGAAUUUCUGGGAGCAGGGAAUACCGACUGGACUGGACGAAUUUCCAGCACCUUCAAAGAUCGUUUAGGCACCGAAGCCAUUCAACCGAGCAGGGGUGUUGGCAGACGGACUACACCGCAGGGCCAGGGUAUCUGUUACAUUGAAAUACAGAUUGUUUACACGGAAACUGGGAUGUGAAUGCAAAGGAUUCAUACGGGGAGUUCGUACAUGGACAACAACGCGUAUCAGCUGGAGUAGUAUAUUUAUUUCUGUUGCCAAAAUAUUGUUUGUUGCCGGUGUAGGUUAUUAUCAGACUGCACAGCUAACACGACAGAGGCCCCGAUUCAUUUUUAAGGUCUGCACUGUAGAUUACUUGCUGCUAUUCAGCUUUGACAAGGGGCAUUGGUUGACAGAUUGCGCACAGGUAGUAUUUUUUCGUUUCCUAUAGUGUUUGGACGUGCCUCGGAACAACCCAGCGGGGUCCUCCGAUUAAUUUAUUCUCAACAUCAUUCACAAAAUCCUCGCCUACGUCAGACGAAUGCCAGAGAAGGACGCUCCAGGACUUCGCCUCAUCACACUCUGGAAAAUGUUAAUCGGAUAUAAAUUGCUGCAAUUCUAGAACCGGAAGCCCAAUGAGUGACACACAGUCCAGCUUCACUGACAGGUUUCCCAAGAAAGCAAACAGAACCAGCAGCAUUCUCAGUAGAGACCACCCCCCGGACAAGAAGCCCAAAAGUGACAAAACCUCACUUUCCUCCAAUGAGUUUGACCCUACAGAAGCUCUGGUGGUGCAGAAGAGCAGCAGCAGUGUGCUAGCAGAGGGGAAGACUGAGUCCUGUGGUCUGGUCCAACGAUGUGUAAUCAUCCAGAAAGAUGAAAAUGGCUUUGGGCUCACUGUCAGUGGGGACAAUCCAGUGUUUGUGCAGCUUGUCAAAGAAGAUGGGGCUGCUAUGCGAGCAGGUGUUCAGACAGGAGACAGGAUCAUCAAGGUUAACGGGACCCUUGUUACACAUUCUAAUCACAUUGAAGUAGUAAAACUAAUCAAAUCUGGCUCCUAUGUGGCCCUCACAGUGUUGGGGCGCCCUCCAGGGCUUGCCCAGAUCCCUUUGUCUGAAGCAGAGUCUGAAAUGUCGGGCAUUCGCAUUUCCUCUCCAAACUCCCCAGCAGCAGAACGGCCCAACAGUCCUCAGGACCGACUGUCCUCCGUUCUGCCUCCAUGGGAUGAGAACAGCAGUGUCUGCAACCAGAAGGUUGACAUCUUGCAAAGGAUGCUCUCAAAAGAGCAGCAGGAGCUGCAGGCCAUGAAGGAGGAGUACAGCAAGAACCCCUCUCCCAAACUACUGAAAGACAUCCAGGAAGCUAAAAAACACAUUCCUCAGCUGCAGGGUCAGUUCUUCAAGGCCAUUAGGACAAUACAGGAGGCUGUUUUCAGUGGUGAUGCAGAUAAUGGUAGCAUAUUUGAGACAGAGCACACUCUGGCCUCUAGGGGAGACAACAGUACAGAGCUGUCCUGGAGCAGUACUCCCAUAUCUCGUGGAUUCGGGCCCGGGUCACCAGAGGGCUUGUAUCCAAGAGAGUCAUCCUUCCCCAGCCCAAAGAGCACACCCAGAAACAGCCUCAACUCCUGCCACUCUCCAGAGGCAGAGGAUGCCACUGACCUGGAUUCUCUGUCCCCUACCACAGUCAGCAGUCCCUGUCCUCGCCUCAUGUCACAUAUCAUUGGAGCUGAAGAUGACUAUUUUGAUUCAGACCAAGAGCAGACAAAUGGCCAAUUUAACAGCUUUAACAGCAUCGAGCAGCUCAAGUCUCGCCCUGCCCACCUCGCAGCCUUCCUUCACCAUGUUAUCUCUCAGUUUGACCCUUCUCCUGUGCUGUGCUACCUCUAUGCUGACUUCUACAAGCAGACCAACUCCAAAGAGACUAGACGGGUGUUCUUGGACCUCCACACUUUCUUCAUUGACCGGGGAGCAAAUUUGAAAGUUGCUGUUCCUGAAUCCAUUUCUGCUGAUCUUGACCGGCGGCGGACAGAACUGAUCCCAGAGGAAAUAAACAGACAACAUGUUCAAACACUGCAGGACUCUCUGCUCCCUGACAUUCAGAAGAACCUUGAGGAUUUCAGGCAAAAGCGCAGUAUGGGCCUAACGGUGGCUGAAGUAGAGCUGACCAGACUGGACCAAGAGAGAAUCAGAGACCGUGUCACUCUGGAGCGAGAGCGCUCAUAUGCUGAAAACAUCAUGAACAAGAUAGAGGAUAUUCUAUUAACUACUCAGACCACAGAGGAAGAGAAAUGCACUACAAUGCAGUAUGUUAUCUAUACAUACAUGAAGCACCUUGGUGUGAGGGUCAAGGAACCUCGCAGCCUUGAGUCCAAACGGGUCAGGAUCAACUUUCUUCCCAAGAUCAAGAAAAGCAUCAAGGCAGACAAGGAAGGAGAAGAGAAAGUGAAGAAACCCAGAUUUCCUAGUAUCCUUGGACCACAGCGUCGGCCCAGUCGUAUUGAAUCUGCACCAGCGAGUAAAGGCUUGGAUGGUCGCCCACGGCCUCAGAAACAGUUGUCUCAGCCCACAAUGGGGGCAACUGAGCAACCAGACUCUGGGCGUCUAAGAGGCAGCCAAUCGAGUGAGGGCUCUGAGCUCAUACACUCCAUGUCUGUCAACACCUCAUCCCCAAACAGCUCCACCUACAGCUCAGACAUCAACCGAGAUGUUGAUAUGGGUGGGACUCUGACCUCAGGCUCCUCCAGGCUCAGUGAUGGCCUUCAGUCCGACCCUCUGGAUGGGUUGCCGUACCCUGCUUCACACUUGGACCUGUACAGCCUGGACCAACUGCAAGAGGAUGACAGAGAAAGUGACAGAGCCCACGAGGAAACACCAAAGGCCAUACGAAGGUUUGAGGGACUGGGUGCUGCUGAUGUCCAGAGCGAGGAUGACCAGGGAACAGACUCUGAGCAUGAUCCCCCAAACUGGCAGCAGCUGGUUGGGCGAGAGAUCCUAGCAGGUCUCAGGCCUCAUGAAAUCAAGAGACAGGAAGUCAUCAAUGAGCUGUUUUAUACAGAGCGUGCACACGUGCGGAUGCUCAGAGUUUUAGACCACGUUUUCUACCAGAAACUCUCCAAAGAUGCCAUCCUGCCUCCUGCUGACAUCAAGAACAUUUUCACCAACCUGGAGGAGAUUCUACAACUGCAUGUUUCAAUACUGGAGCAAAUGGCAGCUGUUCGGAAAAGAAAUGAGUCUUCAGUCAUUGAUCAGAUAGGAGACGACUUGCUCUCCUGGUUCAGCAGUGAGGAGGAGAAAAUCAAGCAGGCAGUGGGGACGUUCUGCAGUAACCAGCCUUUUGCUCUGGAGAUCAUCAAGACCAAGCAGAAGAAGGAUUCGAGGUUCACAUCAUUCAUUCAGGAGGCAGAGAGUAACAGACAGUGUCGCCGACUGCAGCUUAAAGACAUCAUUCCUGUAGAGAUGCAGCGGCUCACCAAGUACCCCCUGCUGCUCGACAACAUCGUCAAGUACACAGACAAUGCAGUGGAAAAGGACAAAGUGAAGCAGGCAGCAGACUGCUGUAGGAAGAUCCUCAAUCACGUCAACCAGGCUGUGAAGGAAUCUGAGAACAAGCAGAGGUUGGAAGACUACCAGAGAAGAUUGGACCUCUCCUCUCUAAAGCAGACAGACAACCCCAUGAUCCUAGAGCUAAGGAACCUCGAUCUAACCAAGAAAACCAUGGUGCAUGAAGGACCUCUGUCAUGGAAAGUGAACAAGGACAAGACUAUUGAGUUGUACACACUCCUUCUGGAGGACAUCCUGGUUCUGCUCCAGAAACAAGAUGAGCGUUUGAUCCUGAAGUGUCACAGCAAAAACCUGGCAGGCUUAGCAGAUACUAAACAUAUCUUCAGCCCCAUCAUCAAACUCAACACUGUGCUGGUGCGCUCUGUGGCCACAGACAACAAGUCCUUCUUUGUCCUUUCCAUGUCUGACAAUGGAGCCCAGAUCUACGAGCUGAUGGCACCCACAGUCUCAGAUCAGAGAACGUGGCAACGACUAAUCACCCAGAGAGCUGAAACCAUGAAAGUUAAACCUCACAACAUCAUACCAUUACCUCAGACCGAUGAGGAGAGAGAUGGUGUGGAGAUGAUUACAGCAGGUGUUUCCAGACUGAGUAGAGAAGGAGACCGCACAUCCACCGGCAGCAUCCAGUCCACAGAUAAAGAGAGCAGUCCGGCCUCUAGAAGUGCAAUGCAGAGCUCUUUACCUGGUAAUAAUCCAUUUGAAGGAGUUAAGACUGAUGAAGAGGAGGAGGAGGAAGGUUUUGUGGACCCAGAGCUGCCUUACCAAGUGGCUGAUGACAGCAGAGAAGGAAACGCGUUUAACACCUUUACUUCCAGAGCAGAUGAAGCACUGAAAACAUUGGCAGCACUGAAGCAAGUGUUGGUGACCCAGCUGAUGUCCCAGGAGGCUGCUGAGCAAAGCAAACGCUCCACAGGGGCCCGUCUCCUCAGGACCACGUCUCUGCGGACCCCUGUAGAUAGCCGUGCACAGGUGAUGGUCCACAACGGCUCGGAGAAGAACAGAUCUCAGACCGAGGACCCAGCUCAGGACCUGGUCUCUGGGGACACGGGCUUCUUCGACUCUCCUGAAGAUUAUGCAGGAUAUUUAGUCCUGGAAGGUUACGGUGGCCCAGGGGAGAGCAGCACAGACGACGACAUAUUGACGUCAACCACAGGGAAGCAGCUGAGCACCUCACAAGGCUGCACUGCCGACUCUGGCAUCAAUUUGAGGUUUUCCUCCACGUCACAGGCCAGCAGCCUGUCCUCUUUCAGCAGACAGGUCCUGUCUCACCUUCGAAACCUUCAGGCCAACCUCAGCUAUCUGAAGGAGGUUGAGGCCAAGUACAAUAAUCUAAUACGCCAAAGGCCCGAGAGGUCAGCAGCAGACACAGAUGGAAAUAAAGAUAAGAGAUAGUGGAAGUUCAUGCCACAGCUUUUGGAUCUACUCCCAAAGAGGAAGUACUGACUUGUAGUCUGUUCCUACUUCUUGUGUCCUGGACUUUCUGGACGUGCUAUAAGCUUGUACUCUCACUGCUGAGCCCCCC